UCUAUCACAGGUCCGGGCUGCGACAACUAUUAUAGGUCCGGGCUGUAACGCCCAGCGUGAGAGCCCAACUGCAUCAUCUGGUGGCCUAUGGAACCCGACACGAUGGGGCCACAACCGACAACGGGCGAAGCGGGGGAGGAGUGCAGGACAUCGCCCGACCGAGCUCUGAGGGAUCUGAAGGAACGAAUUAGGCGGGAAGCGCCGCUGAGAUGGGCUGACCAAACCAAUGACGGAGAGCCCGACGUAAUGGGCGAGCCGGUUGUGACAGAGCCGCAGAACGCUCUGAAGACAGGAACCUCGAGCGGACGGCGAGAAGCGAUGAGACGACGAUCCCCCGAGUAUGAGCGGAGGGAGACCAUGACGGAUAGGCACAGGGACGACUGGAGAGAGAGUUCGAGGGAUUCCUGUUGGAGGAACAGAGACAGGGAUAGAGCGCCGCCCAGGCGAGUCUUCGACCCCCAGACCGGAGAGUCACAUCCACUCCCUUACGAGAGCAAGGAUCGCUAUAUUAUUACGCACAAGGCCUCAGAGCCUCCUAUUUUCAGGGGCUAUGACAUUACAGAAUAUCUGGAGAAAUGGGAACUUCACGCCAGUCGGAGUCAGUGGUCGGAGGAAGAGAUUAUAGAGAACUUCAUAUUUAAUGUGGACCCAAGCCUCGGCAAGGAAGUUAAGGAAGCCCGACCCAAGGAUGAGAAAUGGACUACGUACAAAAAGAACCUCGUAGAGCUUUACAAAUUGGAGGAUAACAAGUACUCCAUCAAGGACCUUGAGACGAUGACUCAAGAUGAGGAUGAAAGCGUAAGGGCAUUCGGGAUGCGUUUCCAAAAGAUCUCUGAUGUGCUGAUGAAGAAGGGGAAGAUCUCGGAGGUCGAGCGCUGUACUAUCUUCAUCGGACACCUGUCCAAAGGUAGACAAAAGAGUAUACUUAGAAAUCUUCCGCGGGACAAGCUUGACUUCCCAGAAGUCCUAAAGCUCGCGAUAAAGGCAGAGGCAGACGACUACAAGGACUUGGUGUGGAGAGGGAUGAGGAGACGUGACUUCUCUCUCUACAAGGAGUAUGUCACUGAUAGAUAUCUUGAUUUCAAGGACUAUCCCUGGUCGGAAAAGAAUGAAGUUGUGGCCGAGGAAGUGAAGGAGAUAAGGGACAUGGUAAGGGGAUUGACAAGACAGGUUACAGAGAUUGUGACCACCACCGGAGUCACGGCAUAUCGGAAUAAGCCCGGAGGACCAUAUUCACUUCGCUGGGACCGGAGGAACACUGAUUCCUGGAGGAGUGUCGAGGAUAGAAAUCCCCGAACGUUGACUGAUUAUCGUGCGAGGAAAAGGGAGAGAGACAAUGAGCCAUGGCGGCGCAGGGAUAAUGAGAUAGAUCGGGACCGCAGGACUCGUGAGACGUAUGGGCGCGCUAGGAGACUGGAUGACUACUCGCGUAGCCCUCGCUAUGAGCCUGACAGGGGUAGAGGCGACUCUCGAGGCCGGUGGGAGUUGGAUCAGGGUCGGUGGGAUGGAUACAGGGGCGACAGAUAUGAGAGAUCGGGUCGAGAUGGACAUAGAGACGACAGAUAUGCGAGGUCGGAUCGAGACGGAUACAGGGGCGGCAGAUACGAGAGAGAAGAUCGACCCGACGAUUCGCGCGGGCGAUACGACCGAGGAGACCAACAUGAUCUGGGAGAUGUAUCGAUGUUCCCCUCGAUGAAGGAGAAUGUCGAAGCAAGGAGAGUAAAGCCGAGUAAAGGAAAGGAGCCGGUUAGGAGCCAGAGCAUCAAGAUAACUUUCGAAGGAGAUAUAGCGACCACACCCAUAAGGGUGGCAGCUACCAAUUCCGCAAGAGGGUCUACAUCGAAGAAGAACGACACGGAUUACGUGAUGGCGGAGAAGGACGGACAGCGGAUCGAUGGAGAGGAGGUUAUUCUUUCGCCGCGGAAGCGGGUAGUGAAAAAGUUCUCGAUGAAGAGUUCGCUGGACGAGAUUGACACGGUCGAGCCACUGAGGCGGGCCCUUCGGCAGCCCAUGCCGUGCUCUAUUCUGGAGUAUCAGGCGGCAUCGAAGCCGGCUCACGAUGAGUUACAAAUGAUCACGCGGAAGACUUGCAUACCUCUAUCAGAGGAGGCUCAGGGGGGCCCUAAGGUGGAAGCUCCUACUGUAGCAGUGACGGGGAUGACUGCUAGAGCGGAUCGCAUGGCGACAGUCCUCCUUUAUGGGAUGGAAGGUGUGCCUCCAGACAAGUUUAACAUACUUGGUAGUGGGGCCCUGGAGACGAUCAUAAAUGACGGAGCGAUACUAGAUGCUGUGGUCGAUAACGGCAGUGAGGCUGUCAUUAUAGACGAGCAUCUGGCUGUGCAGGUUGAACUGGGCCUCGAUAGGUCAUACCUAUUCGAGAUAGAGACGGCUGAUGGGAGAAAGCAACAGAUCACUGGGGUUUGUCACAAGGCAGCCAUAGAGGUCCAAGGGGUAAGAGUGACCCUGCCUGUCUUUGCAGUCAAGAACUGCAGCUACGAUCUGCUCUUGGGACGAACGUGGCUAAGCCACGUGCAUGCGGUGAUGAUAGAGCGACCGGAUGGGAGCCAGACAUUGUCCAUUAAGAAGCUAGACGGGGCGCGGGUAAUGAUUGAGACAGUGGAGUCUCGGGACCCGAGGAACAGAGCGGCUCUCGCUGUGGGUGCAAGACUCAGUGAUCAGAUUAAGUCGUUACCUACCUCCGGCUGCGCGGUGCGAUUUCGCGAGAAAAAGUAUGGACCACUGCUCACAGAGGAAGAAGGUCGGAUCGUGGGGGUGGAAGAUUUAGGAAGUCGGCUGAUAGUGGAUGGCAACUCGUACCCAAAGGAGACAGAUGAGGAAUUUGGCGGGGUGGUAUCUGUGUCUUUUUUAAGGGCACGGCCGCCUAUGGGGGGCUACCCAAGCGACACAAGCGAGUAACUCAAAAAGUUAAGCCAGCGGCGGUGCGCCGCGAGCGAUCUGCACUGGAAGGGAUAUCGGAAGAAGAGAUCGAAAAGAAAUAAAAGAAAGAAAGAAAAAGGAGCCGCAACGCCUAACGGAAGAGAGGAUAGCAGGGAUGGACAUCGGAGAUUGACCCCACAGGAGCGAACGUAUGAUAAAAAUCUUGAAGACAU